CCCUCCAGGGCAGAGCAAAGGGAAUACGAAUCAAAACGAGAAGCCACCAAGACACAAGUGACAACAGGCUUCUCAAGAAGAUUCUGCCUACUCAAAAAUCUUACUCUUUUUUUUGUUGUUAUUGAGAAGCUAGGUGUCUGCCAUUUUUACAUUUCUUAUUUUAUUUAAAAGGAAAUCAGUGAAUCAAAAAUGCGGCUAAAUAUUGCCAUUUUCUUUGGGGCUGUCUUUGGUGCUUUGGGGGUUUUACUCUUUUUGGUGGCUUUUGGAUCAGAUUACUGGCUUCUUGCGACUGAAGUGGGGAGGUGUUCAGGUGAACAGAAUAUAGAAAACGUCACUUUCCAUCACGAAGGAUUCUUCUGGAGAUGUUGGUUUAAUGGGAUUGUGGAAGAGAAUGGCUCGAAUAUCUGGAAGUUCUGGUACACCAAUCAGCCACCGUCCAAGAACUGCACCCACGCUUACCUGUCGCCGUACCCCUUCAUGCGGGGUGACCACAACUCCACUUCCUAUGACUCCGCAGUGAUUUACCGUGGCUUCUGGGCAGUGCUGAUGCUCCUGGGAGUAGUCGCUGUCAUGACCGCGAGCUUUUUGAUCAUCUGUGCAGCCCCCUUUGCCAGCCAUUUUCUCUAUAAAGCCGGGGGAGGCUCAUUUAUUGCUGCAGGCAUCCUGUUUUCCCUGGUGGUGAUGCUGUACGUCAUCUGGGUCCAGGCAGUGGCUGACAUGGAAAGCUACAAAAACAUGAAAAUGAAAGACUGCUUGGACUUCAGCCCUUCUGUUUUGUAUGGCUGGUCAUUUUUUCUGGCCCCAGCUGGGAUAUUUUUUUCUUUGUUAGCUGGAUUACUAUUUCUAGUUGUUGGACGGCAUAUUCAGAUACAUCACUAAUCAAAUUUGUCACGAGUACUUUCUUGGGAGAUUUUAAAACAGUAUACUUUUUUUUCAUUUUAUUUCAGUGAUCCCAGCAUAGAAUUAGUGGAUGUAGCUUUUUAGUUGCUGCUCAGAAUAACCAUUUUACUUGUGAUUUUCUCUGAUAAGAAGGUCCCAGUUUCUCUCCAGAUGCUAACAUGUUUUCAUCUUAUCUAAGUGCUAUCAAAACCUAGUGUUUUAGGGAGCGGGUGAAUGGGCCUCCUCUUCAUUGCACAUGUUGGAGUUUGUGGAGGUUGUGAAGGCUUGGUAAGAGCAUCAUACCAUCACAUAUAGUUUGGUUUAAAAUCUCCUUGACAUUCGCUUCUGCUGCUAAUUAAAAAAAAAAAAUCCUUGGAGAAUAAGAAUGGAAAACAAAAAUUAUUUUGUUUCUUCUCCACACAUGUACAUAUCCAUAUACAGGUGCACAACCCCUGUGAGCAAAUGAUUCAUUAUUUAAAAAUAGACAGGAGUUGCUCAUGUUAGCAGGAACCAUAUACUCAUCAGUUAAAAUGAGCCACCACAAACAAAACUGAGUGUCCUUAUUCUGCUUUCUUACCAGCAGUAGUUUGUUUACCUAGUAUAUUCACUUAAUUGUGCAUGGUCACAUAAGCCUUAAACUAUAUUUAAAAGUGGCAAAUCUUUAACCAAAUUAUGUAUAAUGCAGAAUGGAUUUUUAUGAACUUAAAAUGAGUUCAUUGUAUAAUGUAAUAUGGUUUAAAAUAUGGAAAAACCAAGUGCCUCAGCUUAGUACAUAAUUCUAUUUGAUAUUUUAAAAUUCCCACUUAAAAAUUAUAUUGCUAACAUGUUCACCAUGUGAAUAUUUAUUGAUGAACCAUGCUUUUAAAUUCUCUAGCUAUAAACUUUCAAAAUACUUCCAUAUGAGGAUUAUAAUAGCCUUGCUUUAUUAAAAACCAUGAAAUACUGACUUUCCCUAAGGUUUUAUGGUUUCCAGUUCUUCUGAUCAUUUGGUUCCCUUAAUUAUUGUCCCUCAAUUUCUUCAUCUUUACAAUACAUAUAUUAACAUUUACAGAUUCCCUGUUUCCUUUAACCUCCUUGAAGAAAAGUUUUUGUAAGAAAAAAUAAUUCUUUAUUACUCAAUAGUUGUAGUGGAUUGAACUACGUCCCCCCAAAACUCAUUGGAAUUUGAACUGUGCCCCCCACGUUUUAUGUAUUAGAAACUUAGUCCCCACUGUGACUGCUAAAAGGGUUGGAAAUCCUAUUAUGGUAAUUGAAAGAUGGAGCCUUGAAGAGGUGAUUAGGUUGUAGGACCGUGCAAUAGUGAAUGGAUUAAAAAUUGUGGUCAGGGGAAUGGUUCUGAGGGCUUUAAAAGGAGAGUGCAUGAGGAGGUUAGUCUCUGCUCUGUCUGCUCUGCCAUUUUCACAAUGUGGUACCCUGCCAUCACUGUCACCACCACCAAGACGUUUACCAGCUGUGUUCCCUGGACCUUGGACUUCUUAGCCUCUGAAACUGUAAGCAAUAAAUUUUGUUUUCUUAUAAAUCA